UUUCCAAAUUGAAGCAUUUGGAUUGGCAUCAUGCCGGUUGGGACGCAAAUUUCCAACUUGGCUCCAGGGGCAAGCACAACUUGAAUAUCUCGAUCUAUCAAAUAAUCAAAUUGUUGAAACACUUCCUAGUUGGUUUUGGACUAUAUCUCAAUCCCUAAAUUAUGUGGAUUUAUCCAAUAAUCAAAUCAAGGGAAAUUUACCACUUUUAUCAGACCUUACGAUGUUACAGAUGUUGAAUUUGAGCACUAAUCAAUUUGAAGGCCCAUUGCCAUCUUUACCACCUGCUAUUAUGUCAUUGGAUCUAUCCAAUAAUUUCUUUGAAGGUCCAUUAUCAACCUCUUCAUUACCAGAACUAUCCUUCUUGAUUCUUUCUAAUAAUAGUUUCGACAGUACUGUACCACACUCUUUAUGCAAAUCAUUUGAUUUAAUGCUUCUCGACCUAUCAAGGAACAACCUAUCUGGAGAACUUCCUCGUUGUUUAGGGAGAUCACAGGAGAGACUAUUUCUUGUAGAUUUGAUGAAUAACAAUCUUUCUGGAGGAGUUCCUGACUCUGUCUGUUAUCAAGAAAGUUUGUCAUUAUUGAACUUGGACAAUAACAACCUGUCAGGAGAAUUUCCUUCUUCUUUGCAACGCUGCAAAGAGUUAGUUUUUCUUGACCUCGGGCAGAACAAGUUCUCCGGAGCAAUACCGACAUGGAUUGGAGAAAAGAGUUUGUCAUCGCUCAUGCUUCUAAGCUUGCAUUCAAAUAUGUUUUCUGGCAGCAUUCCCCCACAAGUUCUACAGCUUGGAUAUCUUCAAGUGUUGGAUCUUUCUCAUAACAAUCUUUCAGGGAUUAUACCCCGAUCUAUUGGCAACUUUAGUUGGACUGCUUUGGAAAGAGGAGGAAAGACAGAAGAUGUGGAACAUUUAGAACAAGGAAGAUUCUAUAGCUUUUCAGCUAGUUUUUUGCUCGUCAUAAAAGGGGAUCAACGUCUCUAUUCAAACAUUCUAGACCUUUUGGACAGCAUAGAUCUUUCUAAUAAUAACUUAUCUGGGGAGAUUCCUGACGAGAUUGGAGAUUUGUGGGCACUACAAAACUUAAAUUUGUCACAAAAUUACUUAUCAGGAAGUAUUCCAGACAAUGUCGGCAAAAUGAAGUAUUUGGAAUCUCUCGACCUUCGAAUGAACAAUCUUUCUGGCACUAUUCCGCAAAGCCUUUCCGCACUGACUUAUUUGAAUCACUUAAAUUUGUCGUACAAUAAUCUAUCAGGACCGAUUCCGACAGGAAAUCAACUGCAAACCCUUCCUGACCCGUCCAUUUACAUUGGCAAUCCAUAUCUUUGUGGACCACCGAUUACUAAAAAUUGCUCUACAAAUGAAACAAUUCAUGGUUUUAGCGAAGGGCCGACAAACACAUCUAACAAGUUUGAAAGAUUAUCGCUCUAUGUCAGUGUGAUAUUGGGAUUUAUCACAGGAUUUUGGGCUGUUUCUGGUAGUCUAUUAAUCAGCAAAUCUUUCAGGUAUGGUUAUUUCACUUUGAUUGAUACGACGUAUGAUAAGCUAUAUGUUGCAGUCGCAUUAGCUCUCGCUAGAUUGAGGAGGAGAUGUGGAAAAUUUGAGCAAUCUGAAUCGUAG